GAUUUUUAAAUACAAAUUCAUUAAACAAGAUAAAUGGAAAUUAUUGUAUUGUAUGGACACAUCAACAGAAGAACUAAAAGUGUCGAACUAGACACACUUUUAUCUUAUGUGUUGAACAUACUAAUCAAUAUUAAUAUAAUAGAGAGCUAUUUUCGAAAAUCAUUGGAAGAACAAGAAAUUAGCAUCGGAAUUCGAUUAUGAUAAGAUGACGUCAUCAAAUAGUGUGCACAUUUUGUUUGUGCUUGCGGUUGCAAGAGUGGUUCCCGGUCAAAUAUACAACGCCGAUUGUGACGAAAAUACUGUUAAAUUACGAGCCGGAUAUAAAGAGCACCCGACAGACUGUAGCAAAUAUAUCCGGUGCCUUCUUAACGAAGAGGGCCAAUAUGCUGGCAAAGUGAGAGCAUGUGGAUAUGGGACAUAUUGGAACCAAACAUUUUUGACAUGUAUCUUAGCAAAAGACACUGUCUGCAAACAUGAUGUAUGUUAUCAACAGCCGGACGGAAACCGAAGAAAACUGCAUGGUAAUUGUAGAGGUUUCUACGAGUGCCAGGGAAAUUCGUCUAAACCAAGAUGUUGUCCUCUUGGACAAUAUUUUCAUGACAGUCUCGUAUGUAUAAACAAUACGGUAGAUAUCGCGUGUAAUCAACGUUGCUCAGAGAACGUUCUGUACACACAUACAAAUGAUCCAUUUGGUGAAUCUAUCGGAGGUCCACUGACUCAACCGUCUCCUAGCCAAGGCGAAACAGGUUGGCGUGAGAAUUCGGGUAUCAAUAGGCAAACACCAGUAGACCGUACGGUUAAAAGCGAUGCCAAUUCAGAUACAGGCGACCUUAAUGUUAAACCUAUUGUCAGCAGUGUUAAAACGAACCAAGUUCAGACAUCAAUUUGUACGCCGAUAAUCCACCUGCCAUUUACGCUUGACGACAAAGAUCAGUCCGGCAACGCGUAUCAAAUUAUCAAUCACAAUGUAAUAGUUCAAAAUGGUAAGGCCAUUUUCAAUGGAAAAGAUAACUUUCUUAGCAUUCCGAUAUUCCCAAGCUUAAAUAUAACAACUAGUUUAGCGAUAAAGGUUAUCUACAGUUCCGACCAUGAAUCGAUCCCCAGGAAUCGUUUGAGGACAAUAUUCUCCAAUGACGGAUGCAACGAAGUGCCAAGCGUUUACAUGUAUGAGAAUUUGCAAUACAUUUUCGGUGGUGUCGGUACACAACCAGAUGCAGACAUGUCGGAAGACACACAAGUUCAACAACGUAAUCACCCUACAGGCCAGCAGAGUUCGACCAAAGACGUCAUGUACAUAUUCCAUGAUGGGGAAUUCACUCUUAUAAAUGGAAAUAGGUCCCAAUUUAUUACUGCGAAAGGAAAUCUCAACAAAAUAGCAUGUCCUCUGAGGAUUGGUUACGGUGCCGAUAUACUGCCUUUUAAAGGAGAAAUAGACGAAUUUACUGUUUAUAUGUGCCAAGAUGUUUAAUUGCUGCAUUGUUUGAUUGUUAGUUUUCUCGACAAACGCUUAAGUGCUUGGAUAGAGAUUGUGUCGUUCUUUUAAAAUGUACCAACAACAUUGUUGUUUAAUUCAUGUUCUUUUGAGAGGGCUUGAUCUUGAGUAUUCCUGUAGAUAGUAAAAUGUUGAAAUUGUGCAGUUUUGUGUUGUUGUGCAAUUUUUCUGGUUUGUGAUUGCUUGUUAUUGUGUUUUAUGUCUUUGUCAUUAAACGGGAUUGAUGUUUAAA